AUGCACAACAGCAGCUCCUUCAAUGAGUUCUACCUCCUGGCAUUGACAGACAGAUGGGAGCUGCAGCUUUUGCACUUCUCCCUCUUCCUGGGCAUCUACAUGGCUGCUCUCCUGGGCAAUGGCCUCAUCAUCACAGCUGUAGCCUGUGACCACCAUCUCCACACCCCCAUGUACUUCUUCCUCCUCAACCUGUCUGUCCUUGACCUCAGCACCAUCUCUAGCACUGUUCCCAAAUCCAUGGCCAAUUCCCUCUGGAACAUCAGGGCCAUUUCCUACUCAGGAUGUGCUGCUCAGGUCUUCCUGGUUGUCGUCUUGUUUUCAGCAGAGUAUUCUCUCCUCACUGUUAUGGCCUAUGACCGUUUUGUUGCCGUCUGCAAACCCCUGCACUAUGGGAUCCUCAUGGACAGCAAAGCUUGUGUCAGAAUGGCAGCAGCUUCCUGGGCCAGUAGUUUUCUCAAUUCUGUGCUGCACACUGGAAACACUUUUUCCAUACCACUCUGCCAAGGCAACACAGUGGACCAGUUCUUCUGCGAAAUCCCCCAGAUACUCAAGCUCUCCUGCGCAGACUCCUACCUCAGGGAAGCUGGGCUUAUUGUGGUUAGUCGCUGUUUAAUCUUUGGGUGUUUCAUUUUCAUUGUGCUGUCCUACGUGCAGAUCUUCAGGGCUGUGCUGAGGAUCCCCUCUGAGCAGGGCCGGCACAAAGCCUUUUCCAUGUGCCUCCCUCACCUGGCUGUUGUCUCCCUGUUUGUCAGUACUUCAUUCUUUGCCUACCUGAAGCCCCCCUCCUUCUCCUCCCCAACUCAGGAUCUGGUGUUGGCUGUUCUGUAUUCAUUGGUGCCUCCAACAGUGAACCCGCUCAUCUACAGCAUGAGGAACAAGGAGCUCCAGGAUGCCCUGAGGAAAAUUAUUUCAUGGACAUUUUUCAACAGUGAUAAGAUUGCCUUUGCCCUCCGCAAAUGA